AUGGUGCCAGUAGACAUGGGAGCCUCUUCCCGUGGGCGCUCCUACUCCCGUGCCUCGUCGCAAGGCGGCUCUUCGCGCAUGCCGAGUGCAUCGGGUGCGCGUCCCGUUCCGAGUGCCGAACCCAUGCCGGUGCCUGUGAGUGGGGGUGCGCCUGCUGUCCCGUACGUGGACGUGCGCCACCGCACGCCCCCGCCCCCGGAAAUGCUGCGGCACUCGCCGCGCACCGCUGCUGCCGUCGCGCCCGAGAUGGUCGAUGGUGCGCCGAUGGCACCUGUAGCGGAUGCCAUGCCGCCCAUUCUCUCAAAACUAAGCUCGGCGAACGAACAGACGUGGCUCUCGAUCGGAUCGACGGCCGAAGCGAUGGAGGAUUACACGCGCGCGCUGUCGGCGUAUGACUCUGCGCUGCUGCACAACCCGUACUCGGUGCCCGCACUGAGUGCCAUGGCGACCAUGUACCGCACGCUGGACCACUUUGAUCUUGCCGUCGAGUGCUUCCAGCGCGUGCUGAACAUCACUCCCGACAACGGCGAGGUGUGGGGCGCCAUGGGCCACUGCUACCUGAUGAUGGACGAGCUGCAGAAGGCGUACACGGCCUACCACCAGGCGCUGUACCACCUGCCGAACCCCAACGAGCCCAAGCUCUGGUACGGCAUCGGUAUCCUCUACGAUCGCUACGGCUCGCUGGAGCACGCCGAAGAGACCUUUACGAGUGUCGUGCGGAUGGAUCCGAACUACGAAAAGGCGAACGAGAUCUACUUCCGCCUCGGCAUUAUUUACAAGCAACAGGGCCAGUUUGAAUCGAGCCUCGAGUGCUUCCGCUACAUCCUUCCGAACCCCCCAAAGCCGCUGACGGAGAUGGACAUUUGGUUCCAGAUCGGCCACGUCUACGAGCAGCAGCACGAGUACCUGCUUGCGAAGGAGGCGUACGAGCGCGUGCUCUCGGAAAACCCCAACCACGCCAAGGUCCUGCAGCAGCUCGGCGGGCUUUACAUGCAGUCGGCUACCGGCUUCAAGGACGUCGACACGGCCGUGCACCUCCUUUCGCAGUCGCUCGACUCAGACCCGAACGACCCCAAGGCGUGGUAUUUGCUCGGCCGCACGUACAUGGAGGCCGAGGAGUUCAACAAGGCGUACGAGGCCUACCAGCAGACCGUGUACCGCGACGGAAAGAACCCCGUGCUGUGGUGCUCGAUCGGCAUCCUCUACUUCCAGAUCAGCCAGUACCACGACGCUCUUGGCGCGUACUCGCGCUCCAUCCGCCUCAACCCAUACAUCCCGGAAAUCUGGUUCAACCUCGGCAUUCUGUACGAGUCGUGCAACAACCAGAUCUCGGACGCGAUCGACGCGUACCGCCGCGCGCUCGAGCUCGAGCCGGAGAACCCGGUGGUGCAGCAGCGCCUGUCGCUCCUGCAGAGCGCCGAAAGCACCGGCAAGCCGCUCCCGCCGGCGCCCCAGCCCCGCGACGUGCACCCCUCGACGUACCUCACCUCGGUCCUGAACGGCUCCGGCACGCCGCGCGGCACACCGGGCUCGCUGCCGGACGGCACCGAGGGGCCCGACGCGCCGCACCCCAAGGACGCGUAUGUGCCCCAUGAUAUGGACGACUCGAUCGACAACGUGCCCAAGGCCGCGGCACGCCCGCCGCCCGAGCUCACGUCGCCGCCCCGCCACCGCGGCGACGACGGCCGCACGUCGCCCAAGCUCCCGUCGUACGCGGCGACCUACGCGGACUACCGCAGCGAGGCGGGUGCACCCGCAUACGGCCACCCCGGCCCGAACCGCUAUUACCAAGGUGCGCCGCACGAGUGGGACAGGCAGUACUAUGGCAACUCGUACGACGCGCAGCCAGAGGCCGCGCAUCCUGCGCCCAGCUCGUCGCGUGGCCCCGCGUGGCGUGGCUACGACGCCCGUGCAGAGCGCGCGGCGUACGACGCGCCGCGUGCGAGCCGGCCGUACACGUCGUCCGUGCGCAGCCCUGGCCUGGCGCCGCUCGCGCAGCGCGGCCACGACGAGUACACGGAGCGCGCGACGCCCGAGUAUAGCCGCGACGGCAGGCCAGCGGACCCGAAGCGUGCGCGUGCGCGGCCCGAGAGCGAGUUGCGUGGCGCGCGGCCCGACGAGGGCGUGCGUCGCAAGCGCGAGGAGCCGCGUGCGCCGCGCCCUGCCGAGCACGCGCGCAAGCCGAGCGGCUCGGUGGCGCGCAUGUCGCGUGAGCCCGAGCCGCCGCGCCCUGCGCCCGUGUCGCGCCGGGAAGUCGACGAGGACUAUGACGAAGGCGCGGCGAGUGCGCUCAUGGGCCUUGCCGGCGCGGCUGCGUCUGCAUACGAGGCCUCGAAUGCCGAGCGUGUGAAUGCGCAGCGCGAGGCCGAGGCGCACAAAGCGCAGAAGCAUGCGCUCGAUGCGCCCUCUGCCGAGCCAGCCAAGCGGCCACGGAGCGAGGCCGAGGCGCCUGCCGCGGACAUGUCGGUGGACAGCGUGAGCGAGGCGCCGCGUGCCGAGCCCCAGCCGGAACCCGAAAAGAGCGAGGCGCCUGCUCCUCCUGCUGCGGCCUCCCACGAUGACGCGCCUGCGGCGUCGAGCGCACCAGCUCCCUCUGAAUCCAGUGCGCCUACUACAGAGCCUACGAACGACACGGACUCGCACGCUGCGCCGGAGCACACCGAGCCCUCCCCCGCUGCGGCCGAGGCGCCCGCCCCCUCUCCUUAG